GUUGAAAAAUCUAGAAGUGAAGCUCAAUCUGUCGUCUCGCCCUAGACAAUAUUUGUCGUUGACUAAGAAAACUACUUAUAUUUUUUGUUGUGCCAAAUAAUAAAGCAAUUCGUCGAUUAAAAAUGACGCCCAAUAUCAAGGCCCAGGCCAAAGCAGAAGCAGUGGUAACCGUCGAUUCAAAGAUGCAAGUGAAUGCAGGAACAGGAGCAGGAGGAGAUGCAGGCGAGGUGCCAUUCGCCACCUCCAAUGGUGUGCUCUUCGAGGGAGAUGAAGGUAACCAGAGCUUCCAGAAGUGUGCCGACGGGCGCAAAGUGAAGCUAGUGUGGCGCAAUAUCCUGGCCUUUGGUUACUUGCAUUUGGCCGCCAUCUAUGGGCUCUAUCUUUUGGUUACUUCGGCCAAAUGGGCGACAAUUGGUUUCGCAUUCGUCCUUUAUGUGUGCUCUGGACUUGGCAUCACUGCUGGCGCCCACCGUCUGUGGGCCCACUGCUCGUACAAGGCCAAGUGGCAGUUGCGCUUGAUGUUGGUCAUCUUCAAUACGAUUGCGUUCCAGGAUGCCGCCUAUCACUGGGCCCGUGACCAUCGCGUCCACCACAAGUUCUCGGAGACGGAUGCCGAUCCCCAUAAUGCCACGCGUGGCUUCUUCUUUUCGCACAUUGGAUGGCUGCUGUGCAAGAAACACCCGGAGGUAAAGGCCAAGGGCCAGGGCAUAGACCUAUCCGAUUUACGUGCCGAUCCCAUACUGAUGUUCCAGAAGCGCUAUUAUCUGUACCUGAUGCCGUUUGCCUGCUUUGUGCUGCCCACCAUGAUACCGAUUUACUUUUGGGAUGAGUCGAUUAUGAAUGCUUGGUUUGUGGCCACCAUGUUCCGUUGGUGCUUCAUCUUGAAUGUAACCUGGCUCGUCAACAGUGCUGCCCACAAGUUUGGUGGACGCCCAUAUGACCGAUUCAUCAGCCCUACUCAGAACAUAUCCGUCGCUGUUUUGGCCUUUGGCGAGGGCUGGCACAACUAUCAUCAUGUGUUCCCAUGGGACUACAAGACGGCUGAACUUGGCUUUUACUCCCUCAACUUUACCACAUUCUUUAUUGACUGCUUUUCGAAGAUUGGCUGGGCCUAUGACCUGAAGACCGUAUCACCGGCCAUUAUCGAGAAGCGUGUGAAGCGCACUGGCGACGGCACUCACCCCACUUGGGGCUGGGGCGACAAGGAUCAGCCAAAGGAGGAAAUCGAGGAGGCGCUUAUUAUGCACAGGAAGCAAGAUUAAGCAAACGACAAAAAUAGCAACAAAAAUACAAACAAAAGGCAUUCAAUGCUAAUAAUGAGCGGCUUUAGCCGGCAAAUACCUACAAACUACAAAAGAAUUUAAACACAAAGACACUUUUCCAGGCACCUGUUACAAAACAAAUGGUUGCAGAUUUUUGUUUUUAUUUUUGUUAUCUAAUUUUAUUAAUUAAU